AUGGAAGCAACCCUAGGCCAAACAUGGGACAGAUACAAAAGCUUGUUGAGAAAGACGCAUGUGCAUGGUUUUGAUGAUACAGUUGUAGUUCUUUCAUUCCUUGGAGGUCUUGGCACUCAAACAAAGCUUAUGCUAGAUGCCUCAGCUGGAGGUAAUAUUAAGCAAAAGACUGCGGAGGAAGCCUAUGAGUUGAUAGAAAGCAUGGUGGCUAAUGAUAAUGAAACUCAUAGUGAAAGGGGCGUGCUACUACAACAAAAGGGAAGGAGGCCCAAGAAGAAGUCAACUACAUGGGCAAUCAAUUCCAAUACCGCCAAGGUAUCUGGUUUAAAUAACAGUACUAGCAGGUUGGAGGAGAUGUUUGAGAAAAUUAUGCUGGAGCAAGACUCCACCAUAAAACACAACGAGGCUGGCUUCAGAAAUUUUGAGAUGCAGAUUAGUCAAUUGGCUAAAAGGUUGGAGGAUAAAGCAGAUAAUCAAUUUAGGGCUAAUAUUGAGGUUAACCCUAAAGAAGAUUGUAAGGCCAUAGUGAGUGUUGUUGAGAUUCCUGUUUAUGCUAGGCGUAUCAAGCAUUACCUUGGUGAAAAGAUAGAUUUUGAUAAGAAAUUUAAUGAUGAACAGGGAAGUUGUAGUGACGUGUUGGAGAAAGUAAGUCCUCCUAAAGUGAAAGAUCCAGGAGGUUUCAAAGUUCCUUGCACUAUUAAGAGUGUGAAGAUAGGGAAAGCCCUACUUGAUUUAGGGUCAAGCAUUAAUAUGAUGCCCCUAUUUAUGCUAAAAAAGAUUGGUUGUCUCCGAUUGAAGCAACCAAAGGUAUCCUUGAUAAUGGCAGAUGGAUCAUCAAAGAAACCCUAUGGUGUGGUGAAGGAUGUUGUGAUGCGCAUAAGAAGGCUUAAAUUCCUGGUUGACUUUGUGGUCAUGGAGAUGAAGGAGGAUGAAAAGAUCCCUAUCAUUCUUGGAAGGUCUUUCAUGAAGGCGGCUAAAGUAGUCAUCAAUGUGGAUGACGGGUUGAUUAUGAUGUUUUUAAAGAUAAGAAGAUUCAAGUUAAGAAGAUAG